AGCGUGAGGAAGAGGUCCGUACACAAACAAGAAACCUCCGAAUUUAAAGUGAAAAAGAAAGAAAGAAAGAAAGAAAGAAAACAGAGGAUGAAUUGAGUGAAACUAAUAAUAAUAAUAAUAAAUGAAAAAUUAAAUAGGGGUGUGAAACUGAAAUGUAGUCCCGCCGUUUUGGAUCUGUUUCAUUUUCUUUUUAUUGUUUCAAUUUUGUUUGGAAUCAAAGAAAGUGAAAAGAGCGGAUGAUGUUUUGUGGAGUGGUCAAAGAUCGAUUGCAGAAUUGGAUUAGGGAUUAUGAUAGUCUUCAAUAUCUGGCUGUCAUCCUUAUUUAUAUUCAGAUUGGGUGCGCUCUGAUUGGAUCGCUGGGAGCAUUGUACAAUGGAGUUUUGCUAAUUAAUCUGGGAAUUGCAUUGUUCGCACUUGUUGCCAUCGAAAGUAGCAGUCAGAGUUUGGGUCGUACUUACGCUGUUCUUCUCUUCUGUUCCCUUUUCCUUGAUAUUUCUUGGUUCAUUCUUUUCACUCAUGAUAUUUGGAACAUUUCUUCAGAGACAUAUGGAAUAUUCUUUGUUUUUUCUGUCAAACUCACUCUAUCUAUGCAAAUUGUUGGUUUUUCUGUGCGCUUGUCCUCCUCUUUGUUGUGGAUUCAGAUUUAUAGAUUAGGGGUUUCUUACGCCGAAAGUAGUGGUACCCGAGAGGCUGAUUAUGAUUUAAGAAAUAGUUUUCUCAGUCCUGUUACUCCUGCUGCUGUACCUCGAGAGUGCUCUGAUUCUGAUGUUGUUUUAGGCGGAUCCAUUUAUGAUCCUGCUUAUUUCUCAUCGCUCUUUGACGAUGGUCGCAACAAUAGAAACUUACGUCCGGAUCAAAAUUCCAGUAUUCUUGACAAUGGUUCUACUUCUAGUGUUGAAGCUUCUCAGUUGAAGUUGUCCAUAAGCAGAUCUUUUCAGGUUAUAGAUGAGGAAAAUGAUGCAUGCCAGCCAGAGACUGUUUAAGUUGUUCUGGCGUUCUAGACGUCAUAGCAAUUCCCAUGGUGUUAAUGGUUUUGAGGCUGAUUUCUUUGGUGAGGCCAGUUGUGUGCGGUAGUGGUACUUGUACAGUUUCUGAUUUUUGCCAUUACCCACACAAGAUGAGAUGAUAGUUGCCGAUCUCCAAAGUCUAAAGAACCUCAAGUGCAACUUUCUCUGUGAGAGUAUGAUGAUAAUGUCGAUGGUUCGACCGGUCUUGCUAUUUGAGUGGCAAUAUCUGAGUUAUUAUGCGAUAUUAAGCUGAGGAUGCUAUCUGCAGCCUGCAGGUAUGGAUGCUGAUCCAAUAAGCAUAUUUUGCGGGCGGACCAAUUUCAUCGGCAUCAUGGUGCACUCCAAUUGGCUAUAUGCUGUCUCUAGUUCCAACUGGCAAUGACUUCUUGUUUUGAAGAGCUUCUGAACGGAUAAAAUUUAUCUCUUUACAGUGCCAAAUUUAUAUCAAUUUUUUCCUCAUUGGUUAUUCUUUUUCUUUUCACCUUUUAAAAGGGUGGUCUCCUCUUUGAAUUUUCACUCUUAUUUGAAUUGGAUUUGCAAAUAGUUGCAUUACUUGAA